AUGGCCGCUCGGGAUGAAGCUCGGCUGAGCUACAGGUUGCGCGGCUUCACGAUCCGCGCGAUUCGUCAGACCGAUUCCUUUGGGAGCCAUAAUGGGUCAGCGCCCAAGAACGUGGCUGGGCUGCCAAAGCUGGCGGCUGCGGACCUGGAGUCCCAGCUGGAAGGGGAGUUACAGGAACUGGAAGGGGAGUUGAUGCGGGUGCAGCAGGAGGCCGCCUCGCAAGUGGAUGGGGCCAGGGAGGAGCUGAAGGAGUCCCGGCGCAAGGCGGAGCUGUUAGAGGUCAUCGUAGGGACGUUGAGGGAGAGGCUUCGUUGCGAGGAGGACCGAAAUGCGGCGCUGGAAGCCGCUGUGGAAUCCGGCCGUGCGGAGCUGGCCAGGUCAGAUGCUGAGGGACGGGAGCUGCAGCAGCGGAUCACGGGGCUGAGGUCGGAGCUGUUGGAGACGCAGACCAAGCUGUCCGUGGCACUGCAGCGUGCUGCUGACCUGGAGAGCCGAGUGGUACGACUGGCGCAACAGAACGCGGCCUUGGCGCUGAGAGUGGGGGAGCUUGAGGAGCAUAUGAGGGAGCAGGCAGCUUCGGCGGGCAGGGCGGCGGAGGAGGCGCGCGAACGCAUGCGGGCGCUGGAGGCCGCAGCGGACGAAGACCAGCUUCUCAUCGCCAAGCUGCAGGCCCAGCUCGCUGAGCGUGAGUCCCAGCUGGCUGUCCUCCGCGAGGGAGAAUCGGAGCUUCAGGAGGUUCUGGAGCAGAGCAAGGCGGCGGCGGCACAGUUGGGCGAGCUACUGGCGAGUCGCGAGACCGAGCUUCAGCAGCUCCGAAAACAGUUGGCGGAGGCGGAGAGACGAGGGGCACAGGAGACGGAGCGGCUCACCCAGGAGCUGGAGGAGCUGGAGGCUGUUCGCGGUGUGGAGGUGGCGCAGCUCUCGGCGCAGUUGGCUGUUGCGUCUCAGGCGGCGGCGGCAGCGGAGCGUGCGGCCUCGGAGCGCGAGCGGGAGCUCGCAGAGCAGCGGUCCGAAGCGGAGACUCUGCGGCAGCAGCUGCAGGACGCCAAGCUCCGCGCUGAGCAGGCUUCCGCCCGCCGUGUGUCCGAGGUUUCGGAGCUCCGUUCCGCUUUGGAGCAGCAGCUGGGUUCCGCUCGGCAGGAGGCUCUUGACGCGAGGUUUCAGCUGGCAGCGGUGAAGGAGCAGCUGGAUGGGGUGCUCAGUGACGAGUGGAUGGCGCUGCUGGAGGAGGACCUCCGCCGCUGCGUAACAGGAGCAGUAUCGCCAUCAGCAAGUGGGGAAGGAGAAGAAAGGUUCAAGCCCAGUUCGGCAGGCGCCACCACCACCACCACUACCACCACCGAAUCGCAGCGGCAACAGCAGCAGCAGCAGCAAGGUGUAAUGGCGGCGCUCCGCAGUUUUGACACUCGCGAGUCUGCUCUUCGUCGUCAGUUGGAGUCUUUGGCGGUGGAGUUGUCCGAGCUGCAGUCGGGGGCGGUGGCGAGGUUGGGGCCGGCAAUGGUGGCCAGGGCGCAGCAGCUGGAGGCUGCGGCGGCGCAGUGCAGAAAGGCGCUGCAGACAAGUAUGGCCGCCCAGGACGAGCAGGGCUCCUGGGCUGCAUCUCAGCAGCUGGAGUCGCUCACCUCGGAGCUGGGCUCGCUGUACCGACUGGCGAUGAGUCCGGACGCCAGGAGCAGGGAGAGGGCGGUGCGGGGGGAGCUCCAGGGCCGUGAAGCGGAGCUGCGGGGCCUUAUGGAGCAGCGCGUAAAACUGCAGGAGCGACAGGAACGAAGCAUGAUGCAGCAGCAGGCCUCUGCCCCAGCUUCUGCCAGUUCUGGUGGCGGUCAGGCGACGGUUCAGCUGCAGCUGCGUCAGGCGGUUCAGGCCCGGGUGCGGCAGCUGGUGCGGGAGAGGGAGCAGCAGCUGCUGCAGCAAGCAGCAGCCCGGGAACAACAGCUGCAGUCCCAGCUCCAGGCCCGGCUGGCUGAGAAUCGUGAGGCCCAGCAGCGGGAGCUCAAGGCAGUACAGGAAGCAGUGACGCAGCAGGUGCGGAAGCAGAGCGGGGAGCGGUGCGGUGGGGGCAGGGGGCCCCAGGAGACCAGGGAGAUGCGGCUGAUGGAGAGCUCCUGGAGGGGCCAGCUGGACGCCUUCACACGCUCGCUGCAAGAGGCGGUGGCGGAGAAGGAGAGGCUGGCAGUGCAGGCAGACGCUGCGGGGGGCCAGGUUCGUCAGCAGCUUGCUGAGCUGGAGACCCUCCGCCGUGAGUUGCUGGCAGCUCGCUCCGCAGUGGCGGCUCUGCGGCGUGCAGCUGAGGACUCCCGUGCUAGCGCCGCACAGCAGUCGGUGGGGGCGGCGGCGGAGGUGCAGAGACUGGCGGCGCAGGUGCAACAGCUGCAGGAUGCGUUGAAGGAGCGGGACCGGCGGUCUUCCACGGCCUCUGCCGCCGCUGCAGCGGUCUCUGCAGCUGAGGGAGCAGACAUCCGCGGGCAGUCUACGGACGGGAACCCCUCUCGGCCUUUCCCACCGGCAACGCAAAUGCCAGUACCCUCCGAAUCCACGCCGCCGUCAUCCCUGGCCCAAACAGCGCAAACAGGGCAAGAGCUAAAGCAGUACCGCCGACAAAAGCACCAAACAACACGAAAGCAGUCGCAACAGCAACAUGACGCGUCUGAAGCAGCUUCCAUCAUCGGUACAUCAAAGGGCGCAAGCCAGUCGGGGGCUAUAGGCGGCAGCAGCAGCAGCAGCAGUAACAGCGACGCCCCAAACUCUGGCGCACGUACCGGCGCAAGCCUCAACUCGCCUACGCAUCAGCGGCUGCCGCUUCUACCCGUCGAAGUUUCAGAUCCCUGGCAGGCAGAUGCCUCCGCGCCGCCGGCGGUGAUGCCGCCGUUGCAGCCGCUGACGCCCAUCCGCAAAGGCUGGCCUGCGCAAUUUGGCGGCGUCGUGCCGAUGGUGGCCAACUCAUCGCCUGCUGAUUGUGCGGCAGCGAUUGCGGUUGUGGACGGUGGCGGCGCCGGUGGUGGCGGCGCUGGCGCUGGCGGCGGGGCAAAAGCAGCAGACAACGUAUCUCCCUCUGCAGUCGCUGUUGCUGCAGAAGCUACAGAUGCAGCGACGGUUACGGCCCCGGCGCUGUCGACGGCUGCGGGCCCCGCGGUGCAGACGGCGAAGGUGGCGGAGGCUGAGGCGCAGCAUUACGACAGUAGCGCUGACGGCGGCAAUGGCGCCGGUUCGAUUGGGGAUCCCAGCGCGGUUGUUCCCGUUACCACAGGCAGCGCUAGCAACGACGGUGUCUCAGGAACUGCGGCGGCGCCGCCGCCGCUGGAGUCGGAGUUUGCCGUAACGGCGCCAUCUUCGCCCUCCGCUAUGGCUGCACCAUCAGUGGUGACAGCGACAGAUGCUGCUACUGCGGAAGAGGUUGACCAUAAUGCCACGGUUGCCACUGCUACUGACGGCGCUGCUGGCCCUGUUGCGGCAGCGGACACGCCGGCGGCCUCACUCUCAGUAUCCGUUGCACCUCCGGCAGGGAAGGACGCGCGGUCGUCGGCGCUGCCGCCACUGCCUCCCCCAUCCCGUGACGCGGCAGUGUCGCUGUCGCCAGCGCUACCGACAACGCAAAUGGAGGUACAGCAACCAUCGCAGCUGAAGCCACCAUCGUCCAAUGUUGCCGCGGAGCACAUCAAGUCGUCUGCCAAAGCCAACGUGAAGCCGCCGGUGUCGCCCCCGUCGGCAACCACAGCUGAAACGACUCAGCGGACGCAGGAACAACAACAACAACAACAGCAGCAACAGCUGCUGCGGCAGCCAUCGGACUUCAUGACCACGUCGCCUUAUCCGGCCAGGGUGCCGCCGCCAUCAUCUGCAGGACCAGUAGCCUCGUCACCGCCGCCGUCACUCCCAAGGCCGGGAUCACGGCCUUCAUCCUCAGUGCCGACGGCGCCUGCCAUUCCGUCACGCAAUCCGUCGGCCGCCAACACGACCGCCAAGCGCAUCUUUCCCUCGGCGAAUCCCCCCAGGGAAAGCCCACCAAAAAAUUCAAAGACUCCCCCACGAAUCCCUGCACCGCCCAUCUCCGAAUGGGGUCGACCCAAACCAAUGUUGGCAAAUGACACGGCGGACGGCGGCGCCGGCGGUGACAGCGGCGGCAGUGAUGCCGCCGCCGCCACGGCUAGGCCUGGGAUUACUGCCGCUGAAGGCGCCAACACCUCCAGCACCACUCCGUUCUUCUCUGAAGCUGAGCUGGGGGCCGAGAUUGCCGCCAUCGCGCAGUCGCUCGUACAGAGGACCAUUGGCGGCGGCGGUGCUGCCGCUGCCGCCACCGCCGCGGUGACAGCGGCUGUACGUCCGCCGGUUCCACCGCCGGAGCCGGGCAGGGGCUCCAUCCCAGCGUCCGGCUCGAGUGCUGUUCCGCGCAAGUUGAGCCUGGUGGCGGCAAUCCACUCAAUGGCUCAGCCUGGCAAGAACGAGCAGGGCUCUGAGGACGCUUACUUCAUGGCGACCCCCUCGGGCGGUGUGGUCAGCUCGGCAGCCCCCGGUGGCCGUCCCAACACCACCUCCCGUUCCCCGCUGGCCGUGGCGAUCAGCGCCCUGGGUGUGGCGGACGGAGUGGGCGGUUGGGCGGAGGCCAAUGUGGACCCGGGGCAGUACAGCAGGGAGAUCAUGGACGCGGCGGCGAGGGCGGCGGAGGAGAGCGGGCCGGGGGCAGAUCCCCGCCAGCUGCUUGCCCGGGCGCAGGAUGAGGUGCGCACCAUCGGCAGCUGCACCGCCUGCGUGGCAGUGCUCUCCAACAAGGCACCCCAGGACAAGGGGCCAGCGACCUCCCCCUCCGCAUCCUCGUCGGGUGGCAGCAGCAGCAGCAGCAGCGGUGGCGGUGGCGAGCAGGUUCUCAGCAUUGCCAACCUGGGCGACAGCGGUUGUCGUGUGGUGCGGCGUGGCUCUCUGGUCCUGGCCACCAGCGCCCAGGAGCACCAGUUCAACAUGCCGUACCAGAUGGCGCACCCGGACAACCUGCCGGACACGGACACGGCGGAGGAUGCGCAAAUGUACCAGAUCAGCGUCCGCAACGGCGACGUCGUCAUUUUGGCCACGGACGGUCUUUUUGACAACAUGUGGGACGAGGAGCUCGUGUCUCUGGCGGCCUCCGCCGCCGCCGCCGUCCCGCCGGGCCUGGCGGGUCCCGCCGCCUCCGCCGCCGCUCAGUCCGCUGCGCAGCAGCUGGCCACGUCCCUGGCAAACUGGCUGAGCCGGUUGUUUCCCCGGGGCGGACGGCUGGACGACAUCACGGUGGUUGUGGCCUUUGUGGUGGAGGCGGACGUGGUCUGA